AUGACAGCAAAACAUAUUUAUCAAACGUUUGACCAUUACCAGAAAGCAAGGCUGGAAUUCGUGGGCACAGUGGCUGAGUUGGCAGUGCGACCCCAGAACUGCGACGUGCUGUUGGGCUGCGGAGUCCUGCAGCUGCUGCACCCACUGCUCACCGAUGUCGUGCCAAACAUCCAACAGAAGGCAGCCGUCGCUCUCGGCUGGCUGGCCAACAACAGCGAGAAAAUCUCAGACCUGAUGAUCGAGAUCGGUACUCUCAAGUACCUCCUUGGCUCCUUCGAUAGCCACACAAAACACUACAAGAGAUCGGCGCUGUUCACAUUGAGGGCGAUCAGCAAGCAUUCCCCGGAUCUUGCAAGUCACGUGGUCCACUCAGGAGGUCUGCAAAUCAUGGUUGAUUGUUUGGAAGACUUUGAUUCAACAGUUAAAGAAAAUGCUGCUUGUGCCCUGGGGAACGUUGCUCGCCACAAUCAGGAGCUAGCCCAAGCUGUAAUGAACGCUGGUGCUUUACCACUGCUCUACACAUGUCCGGAACCUGAACUAACUUUGAAACAAGCAGCCACCAUCACCCUCUCAGAAAUCAGCAAGCAUCAUCUAGACCUCGCUUCAGCAGUGAAAGACACUGGCUGCAUCACACACCUCGUCAAAUCCUUAUCCAAUCCUGACAACAAACUCAAAAGACAAGCCCUGUUAACACUAGCCAACAUUGCAAAACACUCGGAAUACUUAGUGGAGGUAUUGAUUGAGGCUCAAAUAUUCCCAACUGUGUUGAUCCUACUUGGGAACAAGGAUGACCUGGUCAGACGUUAUGCAGCGUGUUUAUUGAGAGAGAUUGUGAAGCACUCAUUGGAGCUUAGCACGUUGGUUGUGAAUUCAGGUGGUCUAUCGUCUUUGAUCGAUGUGAUAACUAACUCUAAACAUGAAACUGCUCUUCCAGCAGUGCUUGCUCUUGGAUUCAUAGCUGCCCAAUGUGCUGAGCUUGCAAUGGGAAUCAUCAACUCCGAAGGGAUCGAGCACAUUGAUUGCAUGUUCACAGAACAAACCGAGGAUCACAUUCUCAUAGCUAUUGUUUGGACGUUGGGUCAGAUCGGGAAGCAUUCUUCAAACCACUCCCAAGCGAUAGCCGACAAGAAAAUUUUUCCAAAACUUUUGCGUUUGUAUCUAUCACCAAAAAGCUCGAGAGAAUUGAAAGAGAAAUGCAGAACAGCUCUGAAACUGAUUCUACAAAAAUGUACCAGCCAACCAGCUCUGGAGCAGCUUCUCCAUGAUUCCCCUCCGGAAAUUGUGAAGCACGUGGUUGCACAAUUCAGUAAAAUUCUGCCGUAUGAUGUAAAUGCGAGGAAGUUGUUUGUGACGUCAGGAUGUCUGAAAAAGAUUCAGGAAAUUGAAGCUGAACCUGGAUCAACUCUGAUGGAGUGUAUCACCGUUAUAAACUUUUGUUAUCCUGAAGAAAUCGUUCGUUACUAUUCUCCUGGCUACACAAACGACGUUCUGCAAAUUAUUGAACAAUAUUCGCCGAAUAUUCCACACAACAUACUCACUGAGGUAGCGAACCAUACUUCUGAUGAUUCUAUCGUGGACCGUAACGAUUUACCGAAACUAUGACAAAAUUACUAAAAAUAUCCUAUGAUAAGAUACGGUGGCCCAAUUGUUGGGAAAUUGGAAAAUUUUAAUUAGUUAUGACUGCAGAGGAUAGAAAGUUUUCCAUUAAUAAAUUACUUCUAUAUCAGUUCCCAUUCAUCAAAUUCUAGAAAAAUCAAAGUACAGUAGUUUUAUUGACUGAAGUGCUAUUCAAAAUUUAGCAUAUAAGAUGAUGAUGUCAUUUUAGGAUUCAAGAAAUUCAAAACUAUUUUAACAAAUCUCAACUAAUAUAAGUUGUCAAAACUAAGGAUUUAAGUUGUCAAAAAUAUUUUACAACUUACAAGAAAUUUUAAUAAUUGAUAUAGGUUCUCUUUAAAAAAAAUUGAAAUAAUGUUUAGUGUAGACACA